AUGAAGAAACGUCGAUCAUACAGGCAUAUGGAUUCCGAAAAUGAAACGGAUAAUGAAGAUGAUAUUGAAUUAGGUGAGGAAGCGAUGAAUGUUUCAAUGCCUAUAACCGAAUCAUCAUCACAACCACUUUCACCUUCACAAGUGGCGGAAAAUACGAAAACAGCGCUAUGUGCGCCAUCAAUGGAAUCAAUGUUGCCAGAAGAUGUUGAUAACAUUGACAAUGAAAAGCCACCGAUCAAUUAUUCAGCUAUGUAUGGUGGCGCAUCAGAAUCGAAAUAUACCGAUAUGGUGGAAUUGUCUGUUGAAUUACGAUAUUGGAUUGUGCUUGCUUUAUUCAUAUGUUUACUCAUGAUUUAUCGUAGUUUCUUGCCACCUCUCCAAUGUGACACCAAAUUUCAAUAA